CCCCUCUCUCUCUCUUUCCUACUACUACUACUACUACUACUACUACUACUAUUACCGACCCCUCCCCCACCCAAGCAUCCUCCCAAGCGAUAUCCACCCCCCCAAAAAAAAAUAACAGCUUCUGCACUGUUGCCAGCUUACACUUUCCCUUAUGCGUCAGAAUCUCCUGAUGCGGGCAGAACAUUGCAUGCAUCCAUCAUUAGCCAGUGCAGCCUUGUUAACACGCCCCUCUCACGCUACACAGAUGAGGCCAUCUUUUUUAAUCCUGGUUUUUUUUUUAUACUGAUUUCACACCCCGCUGCCAUCGCGCUUAGCGAAAAAUUAGAGUGACCAUGUUUACUUGUUUUUCCUGAAACUGCCCUGCAUUGCCUGCCAUGAAUAUUCUAAAAUCAUUGACUGCACGUCUCCAGCCCAAUGCCACUGCCUCCAAAUGUAAAGUCAACUUUUACAAUUAUAGUAAAGUACGUUUGUAGGACGCGAAUCCUGUACCCUAAUGCGUUUUGUUUUAUUCGCCCCAAUGACAGUGAGCUAUAGCACGGCAGCAGCAGCAGCAGCUACCAAACCCAAACGCAACGUCAUGGAACUGAUCUCAGCACAACAGAUCGAAAAGGCCAACCAUGACGGACGACGCGAGUUGUUCUCACGCAAAAACGGAGAGGGCGUGCGACCGGGAUCGGUUGUCUUGGUGGAAACGUUCAACGGCCCUGGCGAAAAGACAUCGUCGACGUUUAUGGGCGUAUGCAUUGCCAUCCGCCGCAAGGGCAUUGACACCUCGUUUACGCUGCGCAACAUUGUCAUGCGCGUUGGUGUUGAACAACGGUUCUCGCUCUACUCGCCUCUUGUCAAGAGCGUCAAGGUGCUCCAAAAGCCCACGGAACUGCGUGUCAGACGUGCCAAGUUGUUCUACCUCCGAGACCAGCCUGGCAAAGCAUUCACAUCGCUCCAGAGCUUGUGGAAGCAAGAGCAAUUGGAAAAGCAGCAACAAAAAUAGACUUUCUUUGUUCCAUCCCUCGACACACGUGUACUACAUACGCACUCACAUACGCACUCACGCACGCUCACGCACAACAUAUACAUCAUGCAACAUCUCCCUUUUGUUUUUGUUUCUUUUUUUCCUGUAAAUACACUCAACAAUGACAACCAACCUAAAGAAAGCUCUUUUAAUCAUCACUCUGCGCUGCAUUCUUUUACCGUAUCUCAGCUAAACAAUACAAUGAAAGCCGUUCCCCACCCCC